AGGCAGGUGGUAAGAAGCUGCGGAGUACAGUGCAGAGGAGCACGGAGACGGGGCUGGCUGUGGAGAUGAGGAACUGGAUGACACGUCAGGCCAGCCGGGAAUCCACGGACGGGAGCAUGAACAGCUACAGCUCGGAAGGAAAUUUGAUUUUCCCUGGCGUGAGGUUGGCCGCAGACAGCCAGUUCAGUGAUUUUCUGGAUGGACUUGGUCCUGCUCAGCUUGUAGGGCGUCAGACUUUGGCGACACCAUCUAUGGGAGAUAUCCAGGUGGGAAUGAUGGACAAGAAAGGACAGUUGGAAGUAGAAAUAAUUCGAGCCCGUGGCCUUGUUGUCAAACCAGGUUCAAAGACACUGCCAGCACCAUAUGUAAAGGUGUAUCUAUUAGAAAAUGGAGUCUGCAUAGCCAAAAAGAAAACAAAGGUAGCAAGAAAAACACUGGAACCGCUUUAUCAGCAACUUCUAUCAUUUGAAGAAAGUCCCCAAGGAAAAGUUUUACAGAUAAUUGUUUGGGGAGACUAUGGACGUAUGGAUCACAAAUCCUUUAUGGGAGUGGCACAGAUACUUUUAGAUGAACUGGACCUGUCCAACAUGGUGAUUGGGUGGUUCAAACUUUUCCCUCCUUCUUCCCUAGUAGACCCAACUUUAGCUCCUCUCACUAGAAGAGCCUCCCAAUCCUCUCUGGAAAGCUCAACGGGACCUUCGUACGCUCGCUCAUAGCAGCUGUGAAACUGUUCUCAUAGCAACCAGCGUUCCAAAAAAUAAAAAAACAACACAAAAAUCACAGGUCGCCAACCCUGGUAACACUGCAUGCUUAAUGUUGUGUCUUCUGAGCCUGUUUCUAGGGCUACAACGCGAUCCUGUGUUCUCAAGGAAGUUGCACACAUUGUGCCCUAUGGAAGGCCCUCAGGUGAAGGACUGACCUGGUAAUGGACUGACAGGUUUGGAGUUCAGGGACACUCAAGUUUGGUCCAACCCGAAGCCAUGGACCAAACUAAAAGAAUCAAUCUGUUUCAUGCAACAAAAGUCCUUUUCAAUGGCAUAUCUAUUUUGUUGCUCCUGUUUCUUUAUUUAUCCGCCCUCCCUUUCCUGAAGCUUGGUUAUGCCACAGAAACAGAGUUUCCCUCCCUUGAAGUCCUGUC